AUGGAAAAGGCGGACGACACGAACAUCGAAGUCCUGGGCGAAAACGGCGCCUAUUACAAUGCCUCCAUCGUAGACAUCAUGGACGAUAAGGUGCUCGUCCGUUUUGAGAACGAAUGGCAACCAGAUACACAAUUCGCGCUGAAUAGUGUCAGGUUCCCGCCAUCGAGUGCUCCCGGGCAAGCCCCGUUGGUCGAAGGCCUUGAGGUCGAGGUGAAAUCGAAGUCCUCCGAGUCAGACCACCCAGGAUGGUUUCGAGCGACGGUCAAGAUGAUGAAGGGGGAUUUCGUAGUGGUCGAAUACCUUGGAUUCGAGAACAGCUAUACCGAGAUUGUCCCCAUGGAAAACGUGCGUCUCAAGAACCCUAAUGAUACACUCAAGAAAGGUUCAUUAAUCAAGAAGGAGUAUCCCGUCCCCGAAGAUGUGAUGGAACACAUCAAUCGGUCUGGAUCGAAAAUGGAAGACGUGCAACGGCAAUUUCGGAAGGCCUGUGAAGCAGUACAGUGCAAGCUUAUUCCAGAACGAGAGACAAUUUUAGUAGUUGGUACCUCGGAGAAGACAUUUACUAGAGCGAACAUGUUGAUGGAGAUGCACCUGAGAAAUCUGAAACAGAAGGCCUUAUUGCUGCUGCGGACGGAAGACGUGGCGCGUGUUCUGGAGUCGACCAAGUUGCAGACCAAGUCCGGUCACACUGAAAGCUUUGUGGUUCGAACAGAUUUGAUGGGACUCGCUAUCGGUGCUCACGGACAGAACAUUCAGAAUGCACGGAAGAUCGAAGGCAUCACCAACAUCGAGCUCGAGGAAAACGCCUGCACCUUUCACAUCACUGGCGAGACUGAAGAGGCGGUAAAAAAGGCCCGGGGCUUGCUGGAGUACAGCGAGGAGUCUAUCCAAGUGCCUCGGAACAUGGUAGGAAAAGUAAUAGGGAAGAACGGAAGAAUUAUUCAGGAAAUGGUGGACAAAAGCGGCGUGGUUCGAGUGAAGAUCGAGGGCGACAAUGAGCCCGAGCCGUCAGUGUGUCGUGAGGAAGGCCAAGUGCCGUUCGUGUUCGUCGGGACUGUGGAGAACAUUUCGAACGCCAAGAUCUUGUUAGAGUAUCACCUGGCCCACCUGAGGGACGUGGAGCAGCUCCGUCAGGAGAAACUUGAGCUCGACCAGAAGCUUCGCACGAUGCAGAGCUCGACGAAUCAACCGGGCUACCAUCCUAGGCGCGGUGACGGACGGGGUUACGGAGAAGGCGACGGGCCGAUGUCUGACCGGGACCGAGUGAGCAGUGGCGGACGUGGUGGGGGUGGGCGGGGCAGGGGUCCACCGCGUGGACAGAUGCGGGGUGGCCGCGGCGGCGGCGGUGGGCCAGGAGGCUCGCGCUACGGUAACGGCACAGGCCCGCCAUACCUAACUAACAACGACUACUACUAUGACGGCUACGAGGGCGGCCCGAAGUCGCGCGGCGGUGCAGGAGGCAGCAGCGGUGGCGGCGGGCGCCGGAAGGAAGACACCCGCGGCGGACGCCGCCCCGGUGACAAGCAGCGCCGCGGCGACUCGGACUAA